AAUUCGUAGCAGAACACGAGGAUGGCGCAGCGGUUGGUUGGUCACAUGACUCGGUGCCGGCCGGCAUUCGAAAUCCUGAACAUAACCAGCGCGGAUGUCUAACGCGUAGGACGUCACGCUCAUUACGAAAUAAUCGCUAACAUAAAAUGGAUUGCAAACAGACAACAUAACGUCUUAAUAGUGUUGUGAUAAAAUGUGAUACAGCUCACAUGUGAUCGUGGUUAAGUGAAGUUAUAUUGUGUAUUGAAUUUAAUAUGGAAACACGUCAUUAUUGGGAAGAGAAUGGACAUGCCGUCAAAUAUGACAACUACUCCAAUGAGGAGUUCGCGCGCGAGCCGCUGAGCUUCGCGCCGCCGUCCGAGGACGAGGCGGAGUACCCUCCAGGGUACAAGAAGGGGAAGGUCUCGAGGGCAAGUCACACUGAAUAUGCCCGUCAAGAUCCAAUGUCGCACCGCAUCAUCGAGAAGCGGCGGCGGGACCGGAUGAACAACUGCCUGGCGGACCUGUCCCGCCUCAUACCACCCGAGUACCUCAAGAAGGGCCGCGGCCGCGUGGAGAAGACGGAGAUCAUAGAGAUGGCCAUACGACACCUCAAGUAUCUACAGGACAGAGUCCACGUUCUGGAGCGGGGGUCGGAGUUCCUCGCGGGGUACCAGAGGGCGGGGGCGGAGGCGGUGCGGUUCGUGGAGCUCCAGGGCUCCCGUGACGGCCUGGCGGAUCAGCUCGCUGCACACCUACACUCACACGCUGACAUGAUGGCCAAAGAAGCUGUACACGAAAAGCGUGUGUAUCCGAACUCUUCGUCGGAGACGACCAGCUCGUCGAGCAGUUCCCAGGGCUUCGCCGUGAAGGUGAUCCAGCGGCCGGAGCCCCCGCCCGCGUUCCCGGAGCCCUACGAGCCUGACAGACAGGAACAUUUCGCGGACUGCGAGAGAUUGUCGGUGCACCAACCAGCUGUAAUGGAGCCGUUGGAAGGCGAGCCUCUCCCGCUGGACGGACGAGUGAAGAAGGAAGUGACGCUGAGGAAGAUUAGGAAGCCAGAACACGAGGACUACUUGCACUCGUACAAGUUCAAGAACUCCAUAGAGAGGAGGUUCUCCAGGUCGCAGGACUCCGAGGGUGACGCGUGGAGCGCCGGGCCGACAGCGAAGGCCUACAAUCAUAAACGUCGGAGGCCUACCAAGCCCGCGCCGCCCUCCACGUCCACUUCCGCCUCGGGCUCCACCGAGGAAGCGCGCGACACCAGCCCACAAGACACGUGCAGCGACUCCCCCCACCACCACUCGUUCGACAAGCCGCCGCCGCCCGCGCAGUACGUGCCCGUGUUCGCCUUGAACGCACUCGGCAAGUACUACGUGCCGCUGAGCGUGGAGUACGGCUGCGUGUCUCGUCAGCUGGGCGCGGGCGUGACGUCACUGGAGGCGGCCGAGGCGCGCGCGCUUCACCCCGUCACCAUACAUGUGAACUUCCAACCCUGCAUCGACUACCUCAAGCGGGAGCCCGACCCUCACUGGCGCCCGCUCUAACCGCCCGAUACUGUAAUCCAAUCCGCUACAACGUGCAAUCGGAGUUCAAACUUAUUAGAUUCGUCGUGUAUGUAUGAUAUCCCCUAAACAGACGUUCGAACUGUCAGUGUGAAAGUUUAAGUGAACCCGUGUCAGUAACGCCGGUAAUACCGCCGCGUCAGCGGCUAUAAUAUUAUAAUAAUUUAAUGGAACGCAAAGCGUGUUGCUGAUGACUGUGACGGUGUGCCUCGUGACCGGUUGCGCGCUAAGGGUCAGCCACAUGUCACAUUAAAGGCAGCAUUUGAAGAGAAAUUCUUUGUUUUCGUUUCUUAAUAUGUGAACUAUAUUAAAUGCAAGUGACCGACGAAAUGACAAGAUAAUGACGAUUUAAAAUCUUUAUUACAUUUUAAAACGACGCGCCUUCUCCUCCGGUUGUAUCUUGUAGUGUUGCCAUAUCUUUUAUUUAAGUCGUCUCAAUGCGUCAAUAUUGUGACAGCUACGACUUCCGGUCAAUUGCCGUAUUGAAUUAAACACCGUAGAGGACUGAGGACGGACAAUGGAGGUGCUGGUACGAAUUUAUCGUUUGGGAGGGACGGGUGAAGAAAACUUGUAUAAAGAUAAAUAAUAAUCAAACAUAUUUUUAUAUAUUGUAAAAUUUAAUAUAUAAUGUGGAUGUUCACCAGAAUAUAUCUUAGUGUACUGUUAUUUUGUUGGACGACAUUUUUUUAUUAUAUAAUCGAUUUCAACGAACGCCAUAUUUGAAACAUUCCACAUAAAAAAAGUUUUUAUUCGUGGUCGGAUUACUUAAGCGCCGGUAGAUGGCGAGUCGCUGUACAAACGUUAUCUUUUUGAUGUGAAUGUUGUGAACACUUUAAUAUAGAUUAAAAACCAAAUAUUUUUUUUUUAAAUAGUUAUUUACAUCGGAUAGUUGAGUGGUUUUAUUGCACCGGUGUUGUUCGGGUCCGUCGCGACGAGAUGCGCUCGUGUGACUGUGGAGCUGUUAGUGUUUGUGUGGAGUGCGCGUCGAGCCCGGCGGGUCGAGGCGAGAGCUCUUAGUAGGCUGUGAUAAUAUCGAUGUACCUAGUCAAGUGCUGGUGAAACUUGACGGACGUUUUUGGAACAUUUAUAUGCUUAUAUAAGACUUGUUUAUUUCAUUCAUAUGUUAGCUUAAGAUAGAAGUGUAUUAAGAUACAUAACUUACUGUCA